UGAACUCGCUCGACGCAUCGAGGAAUGUAAUGCUAAAACACUGGCUCAGAAACAAGAGCUUCAAUCGAUGAAUUCUCCGAAAAUAAUGAUGAACUCCCAACCUCUUGAUUAUGUUCAAGUGAUGCAUGAGCUUGACAGAGUCAAGCAUGAAUUGAGCAAGCUGAAACUUGAGGUUUCAUCUGCCAUAGAAGCAAAGGCGAAUGCCGAAAGUGAAAUAAAGGCCUCUGGUUCUAAAGUGAGAACAAUGGAGGCCUGUGCGGAGGAUCUUCAAAAGGAAAUCGAGCACAUAAAUGAAGAGCAUGUUUUAGUUGAGCUAGCAAGAAUGGAAGCUGAAAGGGAACUGCAACAGAUUGAGUCUCAAAGAUUAGCAGAGUUUUCCCGGUAUUCUAAGAGCAUUGAAGAAGCUAACAACAGAAUCAAGGGCCUUCGAAAGGAAAUACGACAAACUCAGGAGCUUGAAAGAAGUCUUGCUGUGACCACUGCUGAUGUUGAUGUCUUGCAAAAUGAGAUGGUAUUAGUGAGGGCUAUGGAGAAGAAUUUCAGCAAGAGUAAUUCAAUGAGCAAUGAUGAACAGAAAAAGGAAGAACAAACACGGCGAGAAUUACGAAAUGUGGAAGCUGAAUUGGAGGUCGCAAAGAAAGAGUUGGCAUCAUACAAGUACCAAGGGUUUCAGUUCAUGAGUGCUAUGGAUCUUAUAAGAAAAGAACUAAUUGAAAUAUUUAAGGAAAAGGAACAAAUUGAGAAAAAUGAGAAGAAGACAGAUUCUGCAGUCAGGAAUCUCAACUAUAAGCUUCUGAAAGCAAAAUCACAGCUCGAAUCAGCUUUGGUAGCCGACACAAGAGCUAAAGAAAUAGUGGCCAAUCUUUCAGCAGCACUGCAACAAAUGAAGAUAGACACUGAGGCAGUGAGGAGGGAAAGAGAGCAGAUAAGCGAAGAGUCAAGAUCUAUCAAAAUUGAAAUGAAGAGUGAGGAAACUAUCAAUUCAGACAAUGAGAGGUUGUUAACUACAAUGAAAGAGCUCGAGGCAGCUAAAAAAGCUGAAGAAUCUGCGCUUAAAAAGCUAAAGACCGUUGCUGAGAGAGCGAUGAGGAAUAGAGUUUGCACACAGUUGCACGGUUCUCGUAUAACUAUAUCUAGUUCUGAGUAUGAGUACUUAACUAGUGGUGCAGCUGCGACAAUGGAUGUUGCCAACAAGAAGGUUGCUGCCAUUCUGGCUUGGAUAGAAGCAUUGAAAGCUGAAGAGAAGGAGAUGUCAUUGAAGAUUGAACGUACUAAGAGUGAUAUCGAAGAACUUCACAAGAAAAAAGAGACAAUGGUUGAUCAGAUGAGAACAGUGGAAGAAGACAUUGAUCGAAGUGAGGCUGAGGCUUUCCAUGCUCAGGCUAAUGUUUCUGUUUCUCAGACAAGGAAAUCUAUUAAAGACAAUGGGUUUGCCACUUCAAAGAGAAGAGCUAAGAUCAGAAGGUCAUCUGCAUCAUCAAUAACUCGUCUUCCCAGUCGAUCUCCAUCAUUUACUAUUAAGAAGAGAGGGAGGGUAAUGCCUACAUUUGUUCUGUUUCUUAGGAGAAAGAGAAUUAUCAGGCAGAAAUGAGGUUCAGGAAAUAAAGAGAUUGAUUUGAAGGAAGAACAUGUAAAAGGCACAAAAUUGGAGGAAUAAGAGCAAAGUUUCAACAAAGAACGAACAAGCAAAGCAGAAAAUCUAGCGCCUAGGCGCUAGCAUGCAGAGCUUAGGCGCUACAACAUCAAAUGGUGCAAAACAUAAAGUAUAGCGCCUAGGCGCUAC